UCCUGUGGGAUGCUUUUCUUGAGUGUGGUGGAAUUCGGAUUCCGCCAGACGGAUAGGGUUCAGGGGAAGAGGAGGAGGAACUCCUCAGCGAUAAAUCAUAUAAACCAGAAAAAAAGGAUGAUAGGGUGAAAGCCAUAUGGGUGAAUCCCUGCUCACCUCCUUGUCCAUGGAGAACCACCAUCCAUCCACUCUUCUUUCAAUGGAUCCUAUCGGAGGCCCGUUGCCUGCUGCAACAAAUCCUUCGCAUGAUGAUUCUGAUCGCGAGAUGAUGAUUCAACGCCAACAACUCCUGCUGCCUGGUCCGCCGGACAUCAACCUCCCACUCUCUGCGGAGCGCUCUCCUCCCCAGCAGAAUUGGAACCUCGAUCACUGUGAGAUGCUUGAUGUUGGCCUCGGAUCUCAAAUAUAUGAGGCUGAUGCCACUGUCAUCCUUCCUAAGUUUGGAUCUCGAAAAUGUGGCAAGCGUGGAGAUGGUAUAUGGGGCGCCUGGUUCUUUUUUAAUUUUUACUUCAAGCCUGUCCUUUCUGAGAAAUCCAAGGGAAAGAUCAUAUGGGAUGGAUCUGGAUUCUCUGGAUUUGACAAGUCCGACCUUUGGCUUGAUGUUUUCUUGGUUCAACAUGACAUGGAGAACAUGUACAUGUGGGUGUUCAAGGAAAGGCCAGAAAAUUCUCUUGGUAAGAUGCAAUUGAGGAGCUUCAUGAAUGGCCACUCUCGUAAUGGUGAGCCUCAGUUCCCUUUCAGUGUUGAGAAGGGCUUUGUUCGAUCACACCGGAUGCAGCGGAAGCAAUACAGAGGUCUUUCUAAUCCACAGUGUGUUCACGGUAUUGAGGUUGUGAGGCUUCCCAAUCUAUCAGUUGUUUCUGAGGCUGAUCACAAGAAAUGGAUAGAGCUCACAGGAAGGGAGCUUAAUUUCUCAAUACCAACAGAGGCCAGUGAUUAUUCAUCAUGGAGGAAUCAACCCAUUUCAGAUUUUGAGAUUGAGAGGCCGCCACCUUCGGUAAAGUCCACAUCCUCCCAUCAACAUCAGAGGAAGUCGCUUAAUGGUUCUGGACUGAACUUAUCAACGCAGACAUCAAAUCAUUCAACUGCUAAUGGGAUUGACCUUCCUUCUUCCUGCAACAAGCGCAAGAGGGAUUUGUUUCCUCAUGGAAUGGAGGAAGACUUCUGCUCUCCUAACAAUUCGUAUUCAGACAGGGUUCAGGAGAUUGAGAUGCAUGCUUUUGAACCUCCAUGGUUGAAUGAGUUCAGCGGUGUGAUGAGACAUGCCUGUGGGCCAGUUACUGCUGCAAAGACAAUAUACGAGGAUGAUGAAGGAUACCUUAUUAUGGUUAGCAUGCCUUUAUCUGAUCAGCAGAGAGUAAAGGUGUCAUGGAGGAACACUCUUACCCAUGGAAUAGUUAAGAUAUUUUGUGUUAGUACGGCUCGAAUGCCUUGUAUAAAGAGACAUGAUAGAACAUUCACGCUGGCAGAUCCUUCUCCUGAACACUGCCCUCCUGGUGAAUUCACGAGGGAGAUAUCUCUACCUACGCGUAUUCCUGAAGAUGCGAAGUUGGAAGCUUACUACGAUGAAACUGGAGCUGUUCUGGAGAUUAUGGUGCCGAAGCAUCGUGUUGGACCUGAAGAACAUGAAGUCCGAGUGUGCAUGCGCCCUCCUCAUCUUGCAGCCAAUGAACUUUUGUUGACCUCAGGAGGAACUUAUUAUGUAUGGCUGGUUUCUAUGCUCAGUUUAGUUUAUAUUGCCUUAGAAGAAAAGCUGUUAUAUGUAAGGACUUCCUAACCAUACACAACCCUUGUUGCCUUUUUUUUCUUCUUUUUAUUUUGACGUGCUAUGUGUAUGCUUGCCAGUUUAUUGAUAUAGCUUGCAGAAUAACCAUUCUUCUCAAA